GGACGUACUGUGGCAUCAUCGAUGAAGAUACAGGGGAAGUAUGCACCUGGCGGAACAUUGACCCCGGGAGUGUGUCUACCCACCGCUUGGAGGGCCACCCCAGCCGGCAGCGGCCAACCCGGGAGGAGAUUAAGGCACUACAAAAGUCUCGCAUGUCUUCCAAGAAGCUCAGGCCCAAGAAAACCCUGGCGUGCCUGGAGGACGGAGAAAUCUGGAUUGAACCCUGGGACGGCUCUAUGGACGACGGCUGGGGCCUUUCCGGCAGAGGCGACGGCAACAUCGCAGUAUUCGGCCGCGCUGAAGACGUCGACGACUUGCUGGCCUCCGAAGCGCAAAUGAUAGAAGAUCCUGUGCUUCCGCUGGUGGCACAGCAGUUGACUGUUGCAAUGCCGCGGCAUGAAGAGGAGUACGAGGAUGACGAGGAAGUGGAUAAACUCGCAAAUGAUAGCGAGCUCUACUUCACCGACCUCACGAACGUCAAAACCAACCAUUGUGUCCCAACUCCUCUUGUCGGCCCAUCUAGAGCCGGUCCCUAUCAUCCGGCCGAGCCCUCGAUGUCCUUCUCGUCAAGCUCUGAUCGUAUGCAGAGUUCGCUACCUACGGCGGUAAAGCUUUGCAAACUCCCUAUUCCGAUACUCCAGUCGCCAGAAGAGAUGCAACGUCUCGGACGCUUCAAAUCUGUCCCAUCUCGCUUGAUGCCUCCGCCACCGCUUCCUAUAGACCCGCCACAUGCUGCAGCAACGACGCCUUUGGGCUGGCGGCGGCUCGAUACAGAUCAGCCCAGUAGCAACAGAAUAGCAGCAGCACAUACGGCGCCACCACCAGUUACAUCUCCUUACUCACUUCGUUCACCUGCCGACUGGGAUCACCACUCUCCGUGGGACUCUUCUCCGCGCGAGUACUACACUGGCAAGCAUUGGCGCUCUAACUCGUCAACCUCGAUGACGUCUCCGCCACAAUCCCGCCUAGGCUCCUCAUACGAGGUACCGCCAACGGGAGAACAGCACAUGCGCCGCUACGAUCAAGACGUCAAUUCAUCCAUGCUAUCGCCAUUUGCGGGUCGCUACUCAAAUUUUUGCCAUGCCGAUGCAGCGACAUACCGGCCCUGGACACGCCAAGAUUAUGUGAGCCCCUCGCCUCCGCCACCACCUGUAAAAAUGCCUUUUGAGGCUUCUUCGUACCCUGAUAUCCCUCACCACGUGGACCCGGCACACAAGAACAUCUCGCAAUCGCCACCAUCACAACGCCCACCAUACGAUUACACAUGCUACCCUUCGUCGACUGGCAAUAUCAUUCCGCUGUAUAUGUACCCCUCGCCUUCGGCGAAGGCUCCGUUGCCGGCUAGGCUACAUCGUACGGCACCCAUUGGACCUCUCUGCGAACCGCGAGAACCCGCCAACGAAGGUCACGACCGAACACGGGAAUCUUUAGUGCUCCCUAGCUCUUCCCGACAGCCUUACCACUCGCAUCCGCCGGCAUCUUCGGUAUCGACGCCGGUCCACCUACAUGUACAGACGGCGCCGUGGGGAGACCGGAUACUAGAGGGCUCUGCUGAACGUGCAAGUCCGAUGUGUACUCGGACGGAACGUCGCCUGAGUUCGGACGAAGUUAUUGGACUGGACAGCCUCCUGUCUAUCGGGAAUUCGCGUGUCCAUACCUCUUCUCAGACAAUCUCAGCACUGGGGCGUUCAGGUCAAGCGGCAACUGAACGCAGCACGCAGUCUGGCAAGUGGCCGGGCAACUCUCGCUUCGAUUCGGACAGGAUGUCGAAGCAUCGCCGAUGACGCAUCAUUGCUGUCUGCGCAACACAACUGGCUUACUCUCUCUCUCCCCCUUUACUUCUCUCUCAGUCUCCAAUUUCAGGAGUUGUGCCAAUGAAUGACAUAAUUGCGACCAGUACUCUACCCUGGCUCUUGCUCAGCAUGCGUAUCGCCAGUUUGCACUCUUGUAAUACACCUCUAUGCAAAUUCGAUUUCUUCGUAAGAUAAUUCGAUUUGUAAUAUUUGCAGAAUGUGAGUUACCUCUCA